CUGUAGUGAAGUUUCGCUUGAUGCUGAUUGGCUGUGGAGGAUGGUGACGUUCGCGGAUGCGGAAGACGGGUUCAAUCGGUGUGAAGCCGCGGCGUGCAGACAGAUCAGGGGAGAGAACAGAAAACGGUGUUUGACUGUGAAUUGUCUGCCCCAAUCCUGUCGUCACAAUGAAUUCUUUAUUAUUCGUGCCCUUAUGGUGUCUGCUUGCACUUUCCCUGCUGCCCCCAGUCCCUGCAAGCGAGGGCAGAAAGAAGUUGCAGAUUGGGGUAAAGAAACGAGUGGAAAAUUGUUCUAUUAAAUCCCGCAAAGGAGAUACACUACACAUGCAUUACACAGGGAAGUUGGAGGACGGUACAGAGUUUGAUAGUAGCAUUCCUAGAAAUCAGCCAUUCACUUUUACUUUGGGUACCGGACAGGUCAUAAAGGGCUGGGACCAAGGGUUGCUUGGCAUGUGCGAAGGAGAGAAACGGAAGCUGGUUAUUCCUUCAGAGCUGGGUUAUGGCGAUAGAGGAGCACCCCCUAAAAUACCAGGAGGAGCCACGCUGAUUUUUGAAGUGGAGCUAUUGCAGAUAGACAGAAGAGCGGAUUUAUAGGAGAACGAAGGGGCAGUCUCAUUCCUUUUCAGGGGACAGUAUUUGUGUUGUGGGGGGAAGCAGAGUUUCACGCACAAUGCUGAAUAAACACACACUAAUAAAAACACUGUCUUAUUAAUCAGUAAAUGGCAUGUAAGCCGCAUGUGUAUAUGAAUCAAUGAUGAAAGAUUCUACUGUUAUUAAAAAGAAAUUGGUAGUAA